AUGGCGAACUCGCCUGCAGCACAGGUCGGUGCAUCAUGAUUGCUUGGCGGGACUCGAAUGCAUGAACGCGCGCUUGUCUUGCAGACGGUGUUCUAUCUGGCGCCCAUCGCGUUCUUGUUGGCGACGCUCAAGCCCUGGGGCAAGCAUGGUGUGCCCAGCCAGAAGUCGCUGCCAAUCAGCGCCCUCCUGCGUAAGCACUGCAGUGAACUGCACUGGUGCACUGCACUGCACUGAACACUCUCGGCGACGUGCGUUGUGUGUUGUGCAAUGGUUGGUUGGUUGCAGUGUAUCUGAUCCGGCUGGUGUUGAUGCGUGGCAUCGACUACGACACGCCCAACGUGCUUCACGCGGCGAUAGUGUCGGGCCUGCUGGACGUCAUGACGCCAGUCAGCAUUAUCUUCGGGGCCAUCUUGCUCUUCCGAACAAUGAGCGAAACCCAAUGCAUGUACGUGCGUACGUGACGUGGGUAGGGAACGCGCAGGGAGGACAUGCAACGCGAUCUGUUAUAUAUAUAUAUAUGUGUGUGUGUGUGUGUGUGUGUGGUUGCAGGAGUUGGGUUGUGGCGAUGCUCCAUGAUCUGUCCAGUCAGCACCCUGUGGCCGAGGUAAUGCCACAAAAAGUACCCCAGCAGCUGGCUGCAUCUCAUAUGUGUUGUGUGUAUGACCCAUCUAGGUGAUGCUCAUCGGCUGGGGCUUUGGGUACAUCGUCGAAGGUGCGUCGGGAUUCGGCACGCCUGUGGCUCUCGCGGCCCCAAUAUUGGCGGAGCUCGGCCACGACCCCAUCAAGUCGGUCGUCUGCUGCCUCAUCAUGAACGGAAUCCCAAGUGAGAUGUGUGCCAUCCAUCCACCAUUCACUGCUUGCCUCAUGUUUUCGCGUGUGCAGACCCGUUUGGUGCUGUUGGCACUCCCGUGUGGUUUGGAUUCUCUGCUGUGGCUGGGCAUGGCGACACGUACUUCCCAGUCAUCGCACAAAAAACCCAGACGCUCGUCCUGGUGUGCACCCUUGUGGUCCCCUUCACGGCCGUCAUGGUGCUGGUACGCACGCCAUAUCACACUACAGCACACCACACCAGGACAGUGGGUCAUGUAUGUCUAUGUAGGUGCCUCCCAAGGUCUGUCUGAGAAACGCGGGUUUCAUCGUGCUGUCAUGUCUGGCGUGUGGCGUGCCCAGCUAUGCGCUCACAUGGGCGCCAAACCCACUCUUCGAGUUCGCGUCGCUCAUCGGCGGGAUUGUGGGUACGCACCGCACACACACGCGCGCACAUCCAUCCCUCUGUGCGUACGUACGUGCGUGUGCAGGUUUUGCGCUGAUCAUGGUGCUGAUCUACAACAGAGUGUUGCUGUUCCCCGACCACCCCCCAAAGUCAGCCAGCUCUUGCCGGCCCCCAGGCGGCCUCCGUCAAUGCGACUUGAGGCCAGCAAUGGUCAUUCGCCGCGCCAACAGUGUCGACAAGCUCUCUCAGGAGACGACGUCGACAAACGAUGACUGGGUCAUUGAGGCGCCGCCCGCGGAGGUCACGCCUGGGCCGACCAUGGACACGGCGUACGGACCUCUUCAAACGUAUGGCAUGGAGGUGGCCAUCGUGAUGACGAGGGACCAGCCCGUGCAAUGUGACAGUAUGGGGCCGCACCAACACGGGUGGGUGUUGUUUGGGCGGCCUGAGAUCGCCCGCAUGAUGAGCGACGCGGAGGGUGCGCUGCCGUGCGAGCCGUCACUGGUGUCGAUUGGGCGUGUGGAGGCGCGCAAGACUAUGUGGGGGCGGCUGUUUGUCGCCGCUGAGAACACCUUUCCUAUCUGGGGCUGUGUCGUGCUACUCAUUCUGACGCGCGUGAGGGGCAUUGGGCUCAAGCAGGCACUUACCGCAGAAGAGCCGUAUGCAGAGGUACACAUAUGCGUGAUGAUCGAUCUUCCAGUGCGUACGUGCGUGUGCGCGUGAUGCAGGUGUCGUUGGGCCGUCUCGGAGCGUUUCGCGUCAGUGCGUCCCUGUCGCUCUUCCUGCGCGACAUUCUCGCCCAGCCAGGCAUUCACUGGCGGUUCCAGACGCUCUACGUGCCGGCGGUCAUCCCCUUCGUGGUCAUAUCCCUCCUCACCAUGGCACUGCACCGCAAUCGGCUCCAAGCGUCGCCACUCGCCAUUUUCGCCCAGACAGCCGCCAGACUCAGAGGCCCCAUUAUUGCGCUUGCCGGCGCCAUGGCGCUCGUGAAUCUGCUGCGGAGGUCAUCUGAGGGGCUGGUGUCUCCCGCGACUAAGAUCGGGGGUACGUUGUCUCGUGGUCUGGGCGUCGGGUGGGUCGUCGUGGCCCCUGUGCUUGGCGCGCUCGGGAGUUUUUUCUCUGGGUCGACGACGGUGUCCAACCUGACGUUUGGCGAUAUCCAGCGAGUAGCAGCAGAGCAACUGGUAUGUGCAUGUGUGCAGACAGGCAUGCAUGCAGCAAUGGAUUAAUAUGGUUGGUGUGUGUCGUGUGUCAGGGGUUCUCGGUAUCAUCCUUUCUGGCCCUCCAAUGUAUGGGCGGGGCGCUCGGCAACAUGGUGAGCAGUGAAUGGCCAUCAUUCAUGGUCCACAUGACAACAGAAAAACGUCUGUCUGUCUGUCUGUGUGUCGGUCAGAUUUGCAUCCACAACAUUCUGGCCGCGAAGACCGUCCUUGGUCUGGAUGUGCCCGAGGGGGAAUUCAUCAAGAAGACGGCCGUGCCGGCAGCCGUCUACUACAUGCUGGGCCUGGCACUCGGUGCGGCGCUCAUCUUCACUACUGCCUGGUGGGGCGCCAUCGACUGACUUAGACAGACAGACAGAUAGCCGUCCGUCUUUGGAUGUGUUUCGUUGAUAACAUGGACAGCUGUGGUCGGUCGUGUGAGCGUGGGUGUAGGUAGGUUGCGCAUGUACCUUUAUGCGUGCGUGCGUGCGGUGCUUGUUCGUGUCGGUUGUUCGGGCCUCGUGUUCUGUCCACAUGCCGAUCUUUUUAUCCACGUACAGUCAGUGUGUGGACUGCAAGCGGUCGUGUUAUGUGGUCCUCUUUUCACGCGCGUGUAUGCAUAUGCUGCGUACAGACGUCAUGUUCUGGAUGUUUUGAGAGGCCAUUCAUUCGCUGGUCGGUUGGGUGCUGACUGCAUUGCAUGUGUGGGAUGCCGGCCGGCCGUCAUGGCCGCCGCGCGCUUUUUGCCCUCUUUUUGUGCAUAUAUGCCUACGUAUGUGAAUACUGCGUACACCGGCAUACAUACAAAUGAAUUCACACAUGCGUGACGCUCGGCCGUCGAGCGUGCCUGAUACCAUGCACAUCCCUUUUUGUAUGUGCGUGCCGUUUUGUCGGUGCACCGCCACCGCCUUCCUUCGUUCGUUGGUUCAAGCUGCUGCGGCCCCCGUGCAGUCAGUCGUGAGGCCACGCAGUAAAUGGACUGACGAAUGAAUGAACGGGUCAUGUCUGGCUGCAUGUCAUGUACGCCUGUUGAUCGCCUGGGAUGGAUGUGUCGGUUUUGCAUGGCCUGUUGAUCGCCUGGGAUGGAUGUGUCGGUUUUGCUGCUUGGAUUGAUGGCUGGUCUUUUGUAAGUCAGUCAGUGAGUCAGGCAGCGCCGCUGUCUGUCUGUCUGUCUGUCUGUUGACGCCGUGAGUGGGGAGGUUGACGGUGGUCUAUCUGCACGUGUUCGUGUCGUGUGUGUGCAUCACGUACGUCGACAUACAUACAUACGGACAUCCAUGUUUUUCCUUUUUCGUUCGUGGGCUUUUUGCGGAGAGACCGCCGCCCGCACAUGGGGAUGGCCCGACACAUGCGGCGUGUUGGCUGGCCCACAGAGAUAAUUGGGAUGGGUCGACCUAGGCGGUAUAUAUGUCGAUGUGCUGGGUGCCAUCGGCCGAUCUUUUUCACGCGUGCCAUUACAUCUUUAGUGCAGUCAUUGAUUGGGAGAGGGCUUUUUCAGCCGCUUGGUAGAUCGAGAAGCUGCGCACCAAGGCUCCGUGGGCAGACAAGUCGUAUAGCCAGGUGAUGGGGUCGUUUCGUGCUCGUCUGUCUGUCUGUCUGUUGCGUUGGCGCGUAGUGCGAGUGCGUGUGUGCGUGGUGGGCGGCGCCGCUGGAAGAUACAUACGCCAGCCGGGCGCUGAAGAUGGUGCUGGCUGGCAUGUUUGUCGCAUGAUUGAGGUUGGUCGAGUCGAUUGACGCACUUCAUUUCAUGAGACACCGACAGGCUUUGCCUGCCGUUGCGCAUGGGAGAGGUGUUGGCUGUCUGUGCCCGAAAGGCUUCUGUGGAAGCCCAAUGGGGAUGGCAUAUGUGGGGGGGCGAGGGAGUGGGUGAGGUGACUGAUUGCCCUGCCGUGUGCAGAGCUGCUAAUGGUGAAACCAAAACUGUAUGAAUGAUGUCUGUGUGUGUGUCUGUGUGUGUGUGUGUGUGUGUGAAUUGUGUCUGCACGACAGAGAGAAUGACCUACAGAUGGAUGCUCAAUCACAUGUGG